UCUUUCGUUUUUGUCUCUUCUUCAUCUUCGUCGUCGUCUCCUCGCUUUUGCUUUCUCUGUGAAACUACUGAUGCAUAUCGAACGGUAUAAUAAUGCCUUUCGGGGGCAUUUUUGUUGAUAUCGGUACUAGAUAAAGAAUGUCUCUUUUCUCUCUACCAUCUUCAAUCAACGAGCUAACGUGAACGAUCGUCUCUCUUUUCUUUACCUGUCGCAGUGACGCCCCUAUAAUCGCAUCGUGCACAUACAUAUACAUAUAUUUAGAGAGGGGGAAGAGAGAAGAGAACAAGAAAUCUUCGCGUUGUCAUUCACUCUCUGUGUCUUCUUUGACUAUAAAGUGGUGGCCAAUCGAUGCAACAGAGUAAUGGGAGAAAAGAAAUGGAGAGUAAAGUCUAAUGUCAUGCCUGGUCGAUGUCUGACCAUAUGAAUUAUCAUUUGAUUCAAUCGACCUCUCUACAUGUGAAUGUGUCUGCUUCAUCGGUGUCUCUGCCGCCGUUGGGCUUAAUGACUGUUGAUGUGAAAAGAUUAAAAUCUUUCGUUUUACUUUUGUUUUCGUCCAUCAGAUUUGAAUGUUUCCGAAAAAAAAGCAAAUAAGAAGGGAGAAGCUUCGAAUGUUUCAUCUUUGAUCAAACGAGUGUAUGUUAAAUAAACAUUCAAUCUUGAAAAUUCAACAACACCUUUGCCUUCAUACGAGGAUCUCUCUUCCUUCUCUGUUGAUCAUUACCUAAAUAAGAUACGAUAUCAACAAUAAUACUGAUAAUGCGUUAGACAAGUGUUAUGCUGAUAUAUUCUCUUUGUUUAUUCCAGUGAUUGUGAUGCUCAAUCGGACAAGUCAAAUUCAAAUAAUAACAAUGGCAGCCAAAACAAUAUGAAAAAACUGACACAUGGAGAAACAGCCGGUAGAAGUAGCAGACGAAAACAACUAGCUCCACGUUCCCGACUUGUUCGUCAAUGUGAAGAAUGUGAUUUUUCUUCAUCAAUUAUUAACGAAUUUAAAACCCAUAUGAAAGUCGAGCAUAGACAAGAGCAAGUGUUUCUGUGUGAUAUCUGUCGAUACUAUUCAUUGUCUUCAUUUGAAUAUCAACUACAUUUAAAUUCUCAUCAAACAAACAAUCAACCAUUGACAGCAGUGUCAUCAUCAUCGUCGUCCACCGAACCGGCGACAGCAACAACAGUCAAAUCGAGUUUGUCCUCGAACGGCCAACAUGUAGAAUCCGAAGCUGAGAUAGAAGAUGACGAUUCUAUCAAUAUUUAUGCAAAAGAACAAAAUUCCAUGAUCUUCGAACACGAUGAACAAAUUUCCGAUGACGAACAAAAUCCUUCAACUAGCACAAACAAGAAACUUAAUCUAUCCGUUACUUCAUCGCAUUCAACUACAACACAACAAACACUCGUUGCUCCUGAUAGAAAACGUCCAUACAACGUCUCUGUCGAUCCUGCGAGAUACCGUCGUGUGCCCGAUCCAGACGAUGCUAGUGCUAUCAAAUUUGCCUGUUCAUUAUGUGGUAAUUUAUACAAAUGGAGAAAAAGUUUGAAUAAACAUUGGAAAGAAAAACAUAACGACGAAAGUCCACCUCCACUUGACGCGCCAGUUACUAUUCGUCCACCGAAAUCAUCGACAUCAAGUGCAGCUAUUCAAUUGAAACCAGCUAAUCGAGUCAGUGAAAUGCUCCCACAUACAUCCAUGAAUCUUCCCGCUCCACCACCUUCUCAAACUCAUCAUCCUGCAUUUCCAUUCAAUCCAUACUGGUUAAACUUCACCACACGCAAUGAUUUUCAACAGAUGUUUCCUUCAACAACCAACGAGCAAUCGUCAAAUGCUCCAUUAGAUUUAACUAUUAAAUCUCACAAGAAAUCAUCGUCGCCAAUUCAAUCCGAAUUGAAUCCUCCCGCUAAGAAACUACAUCGUAAUAGCAAUAGUAGUGAUGAUGAACAACGUGAUAGUUCGCAUUAUAAUCAAAAUGAUAGUGACGACGAAAGUCAUUCGGAACAUGCAUCCUCGUCCAGUCCACCGAAUCCUUAUGGACAAAAAGUCUUCAUAUGUUCCAUAUGUGAACAACGUUUUCUUGCUGUGGAAUCAAUUAACGAACAUUUUAUGAAGUAUCACUUAGUCGAAUUAGAAAACGAAAUCGCUGGCAAAUCGCCACCACGAAAUACGAAUGUUGCUCAACAAAACGAAGAAUGGAACUUGAGUGAUCCUGUCAACCCAUUAAAAUGUAUUCAAUGUGACUUUGUUGGUCGUUGGCCAACAGAACUUCAAAAGCAUGCCGCAUCGCAUUCGACAUCUCGUCCAUUCAAAUGUUUAGUUUGUUCAUUGACUUACAAAUGGCGUUGGGAUUUAGCUAAACACUGGGAUCGUGCACAUGCAGCUGGCGGCAAAGGUGUUAAUUUAAUCAAUCCAUAUAAAAAACGCGAUCGCGACCAAGCUCGUUCAAUGAUGGAUCUCGCUCCUCCUCCAACAGCAGCGGCAGCAGCAACAAAAGCGAGCGACCAUCAUUCUACUUGUUCAUCUGUAUCAUCAGCAUCAACGAUGAAAAAAACUUCCAUUCGUGGCGAUGACGACGACGACGAUGACGAUGACAGGCAAAGUCAACAUUCAACAACGUCGGAUCAUGAGGAUUUUCAACAACUGGCAAAACGUAUGAAACAAGAUGAUGAAAAGAACCCAUCAAAUUUAUCCUUAUCAAAUUUCUUGCCACCGCCGCCACCGACUACAACAGGCAAUAUGUUCUUUCCACCACCAUCGUUCUUCCCGCAUCAUCCGAUGUUUUCAUCUUUUCUCAAUUCAUCUUUAUUACUUCAACCGAAAUUUAACUUUUCACCGCGGCCAACUCAAAUGUCAAUGAAUGCCAGCUUAGAUUUAUUCAAACAAGCAUCAGCAUUUGUCCAACGGACGACCAAAUCGCCAAAUUCAUCACGAUCGUCAUCACCGCGAACAUCAUCACCUUUACAACAGCAACAACGCAUGCAUGCCGUCGCUGCAAUGGUGGCAGCAGCCAAUGGUGGCAAUAAUCAUCUACGAAACCAUCAUCAACAACAACAGCAACAACAGCAGCAGCAACAACAACAACAACAACGAAAAUUUGAAAAGGAGGAAAGAAAUUUUCAAUGCCGCUGGUGCGAUUAUCGUGGACGAUGGCGAAGUGAAUUAAUUCAACAUAUGAGAUGUCAUCAUGCACGAGAUAAACCUUAUCAUUGCUCUGCUUGCCCCUAUGCAUCAAGUUGGAAAUGGGAUGUUCAAAAACAUGUUAAGAAACAACAUGCACACGAUGCUGCAAAGAUCGUCGAAUUACCCGACAAAUAUCUGUUUCAAACAACAUUGAAAGCGAAACACGAGGGCACUGAUGAUCGAGCAUUGGCACCAGCUCCUUUAACCGAUGAAGAUUAUAGUUUCUUCGGUCUCGAUGUUCAACAAAAACUAUCCUCAGUGAAAUACACACGCGAUCGAACAUUAGCCUGUCAACAAUGUCCAUUCGCCGCGAAUUCUAUGGCAGAAUUGCGUCGGCAUUUAAUUGUUCAUUCAGCGGAAAGUCCGUAUCAUUGUUUUAAUUGUGAUUACAAAUCGAAAUGGAAAUGUGACGUGAAAAAACACAUGCGUCUCUGUAAUCACCACGGGCCAGUUCUAGUUGGUCGAAAAGCGAUGGCGAAAGUUAUGGAGAGUCUUGGCCUUGUCAUUGGAAAUAAUGAUGUGAAUAAAGGUGUGCCGUCUGAUAAGCAAAAUGCUGCUGCGUUUGCGGCAGCCGCCAUGCAAAUGUCUUCGUUUUUCGCCCAUCAACAACAGCAACAGCAACAGCAACAACAAAAAUCAUCGGAAAUGGACGAUGACGAAGAGGAAAUCGUUGAAGAAGAUGAUGAUGAAGAUGAUGAAAACAAUAGUUUGAUCAUUGUCGAUGAAAACCAUCAACAGGACGAAGGCGAUGUGAAACAAAAGCGUAUUUCGAAUAAUUCUCGUUCGCAGAAUAACCAUCUUCGUUGUCGUCAAUGUGAUUAUGAAGCGGAAGAUCUAUCGGAUCUCCUUGUUCAUCGAAAAGCACACGCAUCAAUGAAAUGUAACCACAAUUUCGAACAAGAUUUUCAGCAACAGAAAACAUCAACGAAUGAUAGUGAUAUCGAAAAUGAUGAUGAUGACCAAGACGAGGAAAAAACUCGAGAUAUUCAAUUCGAUGAACAAAUGUUUGACUAUGAAUUACACUGGUUAGAAAAUAAUCCAUUAAUCAAACAAUUUACUACAAUUCAACAAAAAACUCGUACGAUCGUUUAUGAAUGUUCAAAAUGCGACUAUACGGUUAAUAAUGAUCGACAAUACUUUCUCAAUCACCUCGAUCAUCAACAUUCGGAACUAUUAGAAAAUCACACAUGGUCCUCGUAG